CUUAUGGUGUGGACAGUGGUUAUGUAGAAUCCAUAUUUUAUUCUCAAGUCUUUGGGUGUAGAUGAAUAGAGUUUUUUCAGUGGGAGAAUUUCAUACUAUAUUGGGGAGAUGGUUGUCAAUGAACAAAUUGCUCCUUUAAUCUCUCACAUGACUCUCUGCGUAUCUCUCUGAUUGAAUGACAUCAAUUUUCAGAGGUUUAUUAGCUUAUCUUAUUGGGUAUCAAAGCUAAAGCGUAGGUACAGUUUAAUUCAAUCAGUUCUCAAUUGAUGAUUGCAUCUUAAUAUCUUAUUUUGUGUGUGUGUGUGUGUGUAUUUCUUUUGAAAUUUUCCAUUUUUCUACAGGCAAAAAAUAUGGUCAUUCCUUAUAUGCCUAUGUUGGUUCCACCAGUCAACUGGACAGGUUAUGACAAAGGUGGGCACUUGUUCUUACCUUCUUACGUUAUGCGUACUCAUGGAGUCAGGCAACAACGUGAGGCUAUUAAGAGGGCCCCCAGGAAGCAAUUAGAACCUAUAUUUGAGGCUCUGGAUACUCUUGGGCAUACAAAAUGGAGGAUAAAUAAAAAAGUACUGAGUGUCGUAGACAGGAUAUGGGCUAGUGGAGGCCGUCUUGCUGAUUUGGUGGACCGCUAUGAUGUUCCUUUACCUGAUAAACCAGAUACUGAUGAUGAAGCAAAGAUAAAGAAAUGGAAGUGGACCGUCAAAUCUGUGCAGAAAGAGAACAGAGAGAGAUAUUCACUGCGUUGUGACAUAGAACUUAAACUUGCUGUAGCACGGAAAAUGAAGGAUGAAGAGGGCUUUUACUACCCACACAAUGUUGAUUUCCGAGGGCGUGCAUAUCCCAUGCACCCACACUUAAAUCACCUUGGUUCAGAUUUAUGCCGGGGAAUAUUGGAAUUCGCAGAUGGACGCCCUCUAGGAAAGUCUGGCCUACGGUGGCUGAAGAUACACUUAGCAAAUCUCUAUGCUGGCGGUGUUGAUAAACUAUCCCAUGAGGGACGCGUAGCAUUUAGUGAAAAUCAUUUUGAAGACAUAUUUGAUUCUGCAAACAAACCUCUUGAAGGGAGGCGGUGGUGGUUGAAAGCAGAAGAUCCAUUGCAGUGCUUAGCUGUGUGCAUAACUCUAACUGAAGCUUUGAAAAGCCCGUCACCAGAAACAUUCAUCUCACAUAUUCCUGUACAUCAGGAUGGCUCCUGCAAUGGUUUACAACAUUAUGCUGCCUUGGGGAGAGACAAGUUAGGAGCUGUUGCUGUCAAUCUAGUUGCAGGAGAGAAGCCAGCAGAUGUUUACUCAGGAAUAGCAGCUAGAGUAUCAAACAUUAUGCAUAAGGAUGCUCAGAAAGAUCCUGCAAUUUUUCCUGAUGCUCUUCAUGCGAGGACUUUAGUUAAUGAGGUUGAUAGAAAAUUGGUUAAGCAGACAGUGAUGACAUCAGUGUAUGGUGUCACUUACAUUGGUGCACGGGAACAGAUAAAGAGGAGAUUGAAGGAAAGGAAUGCCAUUCCAGAUGAUACAGAGCUCUUUGGUGCUUCUUGUUAUGCUGCAAAGGUCACUUUAACCGCCUUAGAGGAAAUGUUUCAAGGUGCGCGAGGUAUCAUGAACUGGCUUGGUGACUGUGCAAAAAUAAUUGCAUCUGAAAAUCAACCAGUACGCUGGAGCACUCCUCUUGGACUUCCUGUUGUUCAACCUUACCGAAAACUAGGAUCACAUAUUAUCAAAACUUCACUUCAGAUGUUGUCAUUGCAACGAGAAACAGACAAGGUCAUGGUUAGGAGGCAGAGGACAGCAUUUCCACCAAAUUUUGUUCACUCGCUUGAUGGUUCUCAUAUGAUGAUGACUGCGGUUGCCUGCAAAAAGGAAGGCUUGAAUUUUGCUGGUAUUUCCUUGAUUGGCCCUUUCUAUUGUUCCCCCUUUUUCAGUACAGGACCCUUGCUGGGGUGUAGGGCCAGCUCCACCACUAAAUUGGUGCCUGGGGUUGAUGUGCUAUACCCCAGAUAGAGAGAUGCUGAACCCCUUUACCAAGAAUUUGAACGAACAAGGGAACCAAGCUUGUGGUGUUCCAUUCGUAUUUAGUUAUUAAAUUAUUAUGCCGAUGAUGAAU